AUGUCUUUCCGUGGUGGACGCGGUGGUGCGCGGGGUGGGAUGCUUAAGGGUGCCACCUGGGAGCAUGAUCCAACCAUCAAAUUGGAAUCUGCACCAAGUGAACUGUUUCCUAAACACCCAAAUCUCAAGCCCCAAGCCCCAUUGACCGACAAGGAGAAACGCCAGGUCGAAAACUUCAAGGCCGUUCAAGAUGCGAUCCACCGCGGACCUCUCUACACUCAUCCAACGAAGCGCGAUGCUGAUGCGCCAGCCAAGACCUUUAGCGAAGAUGAUUUCAACAAGCAAUACGGUGGCCGUGGCAAGGCUGACGUCGAUCCAUUCACUGCCGUCGAGACCUAUUCUCAGAAGUACGACCCGCCCAAGCGCACCAUUCCCGAUCUCAAGGCUGUCAGACUCGACAAGAAGAUGUUUCCGAAGGAAUUGUGGAGCACACUUGAGGGAGACGCGGGAGAAGAAGUUAAGCAGCAUAUUGGUCGAGCCAUGAAGAAGAAGGCGGAGAUGAUGGGUGAUGCGCAAUCCAAGACAUCGGAGGACCGGGCUAAGAUCAUCUUGGAGAAGAUCAAGAAGGCCACUGGCGAAGAAGAUGCCGAGGGUGACGCGGAGGAGGGCGACGAGGAGGGUGGUGCUGAGGAGGAAGAGGACUACGAUUACGAGGAAGACGAGGGAGAGAUGGGAGGUGACUACGAUGCCGAGAAGUACUUCGAUGGCGGAGAGGAGGACGAAGAGGAAGGCGAUGCGGGCGGAGAUGACUACUAG